AUGGCGGAGCUGCGGCACUCGACGGCGGCGCGCGCGUCCAACUCCCCCGCCAAGCGCGACUCCGACGCCUCCGCCGCGUCGUCCCCUUUCCUCGCCUCCCCCUCCACCCGCGGCAGUCGGGGCGGUGGCGGCGGCGACGACGACGGCAAGGACGCCCACCGCUCGUCCCCUCUCCUCCCGCACCACCACCACAAGCGCGUCCACCUGCUGACGUCCCCGUUCCGCUCCCUCCUCGCACUCGAGGACCCCAGGUCCGCCGCCGCCUCGUCCUCCUACCGGAUCCUGCUUGCCCUCCUCGCGCUCCUUCUCGCCGCCGGGAUCUUCUGCGCGCCCUUGCUCUGGUCCCGCCUCAACACGCCGUACCUGUGCCACAAGGAGGGGAUCACGCUCCACUGCCCUGAGACGAAGGAACCCCCAUCUCUAUGGGAGAAUCCACGUGCUGCCACUACAUCUUGGAAGCCCUGUGCAGAGCGACGCAGCAAUGAGCCCUCAGAUGUUCCAUCAGUGAAUGAAACCUCUGGGUAUAUUUUUAUCCAUGCCGAGGGAGGACUAAACCAGCAACGCAUAGCUAUAUGUAAUGCUGUUGCAAUUGCUAAAAUAAUGAGUGCAACACUUAUUUUGCCUGUUCUGAAGCAGGACCAAAUUUGGAAAGACCAGUCGAAAUUCGAGGACAUCUUUGAUGUUGAUCAUUUUAUAAAUUAUUUGAAGGAUGAUGUACGGAUUAUCCGAGAUAUCCCUGACUGGUUCACAGAGAAGGAUGAGCUGUUUACCAGUAUAAAGCGUACUGUGAAGAACAUCCCAAAGUAUGCUUCAGCACAGUUUUAUAUUGAUAAUGUACUUCCAAGGAUCAAAGAGAAAAAGAUAAUGUCUAUCAAGCCAUUUGUCGACAGGUUGGGGUAUGAUAAUGUACCAAUGGAGAUUAACCGGCUAAGAUGCAGAGUUAACUAUCAUGCAUUAAAGUUCCUACCUGAUAUUGAGGAAAUGGCCGAUAAGCUUGCAGCAAGAAUGAGGAACAGAACUGGCAACAUAAAUCCAUACAUGGCUCUUCACCUGAGAUUUGAGAAGGGAAUGGUGGGGCUUUCUUUCUGUGAUUUUGCCGGCACACGGGAGGAGAAGGCGAUGAUGGCCGCUUACAGGCAGAAAGAAUGGCCAAGGCGCUACAAGAAUGGAUCCCAUCUGUGGCCACUGGCGCUGCAGAAGAGAAAAGAAGGCCGUUGCCCUCUUGAGCCCGGUGAGAUUGCUGUGAUCCUGCGAGCACUGGGGUACACGAGCGGAACGCAGAUAUACGUCGCGUCAGGGCAAGUGUACGGCGGCAAGAACCGGAUGGCUCCCCUCAGGAACAUGUUCCCCAACUUGGUGACGAAGGAGGAGCUGGCGAGCGCGGAGGAGCUGGCGCCGUUCCGGCGGCAUGUGACGAGCCUGGCGGCGCUGGACUUCCUGGUGUGCCUGCGGUCGGACGUGUUCGUGAUGACGCACGGCGGCAACUUCGCCAAGCUCAUCAUCGGCGCGCGCCGCUACGCGGGGCACCGCCUCAAGUCGGUGAAGCCCGACAAGGGCCUCAUGUCCAAGUCCCUGGGCGACCCCGACAUGGGCUGGGCCUCCUUCGUGGAGGACGUCGUCGUCAUGCACCGCACGCGGACGGGCCUCCCCGAGCCCACCUUCCCCAGCUACGAUCUCUGGGAGAACCCGCUCACGCCCUGCAUGUGCAGGGCCUGA